AUCGUGAAGAGGUGCUCGAGUCGUAAGACAGGGCAGCUGUACGCCGUGAAGAUCGUCAGCUUGUCCAAUUUCAACCAGAAGCAACAGGAAAUACUAAGGAAACAUUUGAAGAGGGAGGAAGAGGUGUCGGUGCAUUUGAAGCACCCCCUGGUGCAGCCCAUGCUGGAGAUCUACAACAGUGAUGAGUACUACUACAUCCUAUAUAAUCAUUUGGAAGGUUCCGACUUAUGCUUGGAGAUAGUUAGCAGAGCAUCGUCAGGAUUUGUGUACAGUGAAGCUGUCGCCAGCCACUACAUGAAGCAGAUAUUGGAAGGCAUCAGAUUCAUCCACAGUAAGGACAUCAUCCACAGACGUCUGACAAUGAGCUGCCUCUGCCUGGCCAGCAAGGAGAACUCCUCCCCCGUCAAGAUUUGCUCCUUCGAGGGGGCCACCUGCAUUGAAGAACUCGAGAACACUCAGGAAUAUGGUAGGGAUGGGAUUGGGAUGGCUUCCACUUUCCCCUCACCCGAGAUGAUCCAGAUGGCAUAUUAUGGCAAACCUGUGGACGUGUGGUCGGCUGGGUGCAUCCUCUAUACCCUCCUGUCCGGCUACCCUCCCUUUCUUGGGGAGAGAGAACAAAGAGAUAGGGCUGCCCUCAAUGGAGUCUACAGCUUAACAGGACGACAGUGGGAUGUGAUAUCUGAGGAGGCGAAGAAUCUGAUAAGGAGGAUGCUGGACGUUGACCCCACGAGGAGGAUCACUGCCGAUGAAGCCCUCGCUCACCCCUGGAUCAAGGAACGCAGCCACGUCCCCAAACUUCAUCUGUCAGAAACGGUAAAGUGCAUGCUCAAGUUCAAUGAGUACAGAGGACUGAAGAAAAAAAAAACAAAAAGUUCAUUAUCUUUUCAUAUGAUGAACAGUAUAUUAAUACUGUACCAUUUAAUUGUAGGGGGUGGUCAAGUAAUAUUGGAUUGCAUAGAAGGUAUAGAGGCCCUGGAGAAUUGUGAUCACGUCCCUCUUGAGAUCUUUGAAGAUCUCAUGAAGGAUAACAGGUUUAAUUUUUACCUGCAGGUUUUUGAGAGCAUAAACAGCCGCUUGCUACACUUGUCAUCCUCCGCGCAAUCUGAUUCGCUGGCGAGGCAGGUUAACGAGGUCAGUGAAGGAAUGAAAAUACAGAUCUACAACCUGGUCGAUGAAGUUAACAACAUAUUCACACAAGUACAUCUUCAGAACAUGAUCACUGUGCAUGACCUGCUUGCGGGCAAGAGGAACUCAUUAGCUGAGCUACGAUUGGCUGAUCACAACACAUUGAAGAGUAGUAACAGCAACAGCAGCAGCAGCAACAACAAUACAGUCGACAAGAUUUUGAGGGUGAGGUUGGUGCAGUUCCAAAAAAAUACAGACGAACCUAUGGGCAUUACAUUCAAGUUGACGAGUGACGGGAGGUGCAUGGUGUCGAGGAUCAUGGACGGUGGUCUCAUACACAGGCAUGGAACACUUCAUGUUGGUGAUCAAAUCCUUGAAAUCAAUGGUCAGACUGUGGAUGGAUUGUCUUUGGAAAACAUGCAGAGAUUGGUGAGAGAAUGCAGGGGAAAUGUGUCCUUCAAAAUACUUCAAACCUCAAGAAGUCAGCCAAUGCAUUCAGAGGUGAUGAUGAUGAUAGUGACGAUGAUGGUCUCUGGUGGUGAUAGAUCAUCCCUCAAUGUCGCUCCCUUCCACUCCACUCACUCGAACAACGCACGUACACUAUUCGUGAGGGCCCUGUUCUCGUACGAUCCGAACACGGACCCCUACAUACCGAGCAGGCAGGCCGGUCUGAAGUUCGAGGUGGGGGACAUCUUGAGGGUCGUCUGCCAGGAUGAUUCGCUCUGGUGGCAAGCUCGACAUUGGAAUUCUCCAAAAAAUUCCCCGGCCAAGCUCCUCCCAUCUCCUGAACAGCAGGAAUAUCGGGUGGCCGAAGAAGAUAGAAAAAAGAAGAAAAAUAAUGGUGAUGGUGAUGAUGUUGGUAGUGGGGAUGAUGAUGAAAUGAUGAUAGACAAGUAUCUGGUGAAGCAUAAUUCAUUGUUUGAUCAGUUGGAGCUGAACACCUACGAGGAAGUCAUCAGGCUGCCCUCCUUCCUCAGGAAGACUCUUGUUUUGCUGGGUGCCCAUGGUGUGGGUAGGCGUCACAUCAAGAACCUCUUCAUCACCAGGCAGUCCUACAAGUACGCCUAUCCCAUACCACACACAACAAGGCAGCCAAGACCAGACGAGGAGCACGGCCGCAACUACUUUUUCAUCUCGCACGAGCAGAUGACAGCCGAGAUAGCGGACAAUCAAUAUUUGGAGUACGGCACACACGAGGGCGCCAUCUAUGGUACCAAGCUGGAGACCAUCCGGCAGAUACAUAGGCAGGGUCUCGUCGCUAUACUCGACAUCGAGCCACAGGCCCUGAAGAUCCUGAGGACAGCUGAAUAUGCUCCCUUCGUUGUCUUCAUUGCCGCCCCAACCAACAUCGCCCUCAUGAAUGACUCCAGUUUGGAGCGCCUGGCUCGGGAGAGCAACUACCUGGAGCAAACGUACCGCCACACAUUCGACUUGAAGAUCGUCAACAACGACAUCGAUGAGACCAUCAGGGAGCUGGAGAUUGCCAUGGAACACGUCAACAAGAACCCACAGUGGGUCCCCGUCGGCUGGGUCUACUGA